AUGGAGCGGUCCGGAGCCUGGCGUGUGUGUCCUGGCCGCCGCCCGCCGGAGCUCGGGCUGGCGCUCGGGCUGGUGCUGCUGCUGGUGCGGACGCCGUCGGGCCGCGCGGGGGCCCCUAAGGCGCAGAAGACCGCGACGCCGGGCACAGCGGCCCCGGCCGGUGGAGACCGCUGCCGCGGCUACUACGACGUGAUGGGCCAGUGGGACCCGCCCUUCAACUGCAGCUCGGGCGCCUACAGCUUCUGCUGCGGCACGUGCGGCUACCGCUUCUGCUGCCACGACGGGCCGCGGCGCCUGGACCAGAGCCGCUGCUCCAACUACGACACGCCGGCCUGGGUGCAGACUGGCCAGCCGCCUGCGCGCACCCGGGACAUGGCGGCGCCCCGGGACCCGGGCCGCGAGCGCAGCCACACGGCCGUCUACGCGGUGUGCGGUGUCGCCGCGCUGCUAGUACUGGCCGGCAUCGGGGCGCGCCUGGGCCUCGAGAGGGCGCAGAGCCCCCGCGCGCGGCGCACCGUGAGCAGAACACUGACAGAGCUUCUGAAGCAGCCGGGCCCCCAGGAGCCACUGCCCCCACCACUGGGCCCACCUCUGGGCAGCUGUGUCCAGGUGCAGAUGGGUGAUGGUCUCCCUCGGGGCUCCCCCCAUAUCAGCAUAGACAAGAAGCGCCCCAACAACGCGCCCCUGGGGUUGACGACACCGGGGCCCCCGCGCGGUCCCCGGCUGCAGGGCUGCGGCACCAUGACGCUGCAGCCCUACUACGCCAAAUACACCACGCUCAAGGCCGCAGGUCUGACCGCCCCCCCCCUCCCCCGCCCUGUCCCUGCAGAGGCCGCCCCCCAGGACUUCUACCAGCAUUUCUGCGCCUCGGAGCCGGCCCCACUGACCCUCCCGGCGCGGGCACCGCGGCCUCCCGAGGACUUGCCCGCGCUGCUCGACGCCUGCCCCUGGGCCCCACCGGGCUACGCGUCCCGGCCCUGCCCCACCUCAUCGAGCCACUACAAGGCCACUACAAGGCCGGGACAGCCGGCCGCCCGCAGUCACCUGGCGGCCCAGGCCUCCACUGCAUCCGGGCGGCCUAGCCACGCGCCCCGGCGCCAGUUUAGCGUGGAGAAGCUGCCUGAGGCCUUUAGCGCGCAGCCCCCUGGCUUCUACGGCAGCGCGGGCCGGGGACCCCGGCACCUGAGCACCAACGGCAAAGCUGAGGUUACCGUGUGAACACUGGGACGCUGGUCCUCCCGAGGCAUCGCCCAGAGCCCUCGUCCGCCGGGGGCC